GGCAGCUGGUAGCUGUGUUCUUGCAAACUUUCCCACCCCUAGAAUGACCGUAUUACCCCGAGCCGUUCUCAGCAGAGACUACAAAAUGCGGGUCCCGUACGAGCUGAAAAGGGGGCAGUCCCGUCUUUUCCACGAGCUCCCCUCUGGUCUGAACAUGGAGGUUAUCUUCCAGAAGGGUGUGAACAAGACAGACCCAGAUGAGAGAAGAGAGGGAUCUCAAAACCCACCUUUGGUUUUCAUCCAUGGAAGCUUUCAUGCAGCUUGGUGUUGGGCCGAACACUGGUUGCCUUUCUUUUCACACCAUGGCUAUGAUUGCUAUGCACUCAGUUUGUUGGGUCAGGGUGAAAGUGAUGCACCUGGUGGUUCAGUUGCAGGUUCCCUCCUGACACAUGCAGGUAAUGUUGCGGAUUUCAUUGGGAAAGAAAUCAGGAUACCACCAAUUUUGCUUGGACAUUCAUUUGGAGGGCUUAUUGUUCAAUAUUAUGUUGCGAACAUUAGGAAUGAGCAAUUAUCAGAAACUGAAAGCUUUCACCCUGAUCUUGCUGGAGCAGUGCUCGUUUGCUCUGUUCCUCCUUCUGGUAAUAGUGGGUUAGUGUGGCGAUAUAUAUUCUCCAAACCUAUUGCUGCUUUUAAGGUGACACGCAGUUUGGCAGCCAAAGCUUUCCAGACUUCUCUGCCUCUUUGUAAAGAAACAUUUUUCUCUGCAGCAAUGGAGAACCACUUGGUCCUACGUUACCAAAAGCUGAUGACAGAAAGUUCAAGGAUGCCAUUAUUCGAUCUAAGGAAGCUUAAUGCAUCACUGCCUGUUCCUUCAGUGCCCAAGUCGUCUGUUAAAGUUCUUGUUUUGGGUGCAAAUGAUGACUUCAUAGUGGAUGCCAAAGGACUCAGUGAAACGGGCCAGUUUUAUGGUGUGCCACCUGUCUGCCUCGAAGGAGUUGCCCAUGACAUGAUGUUGGAUUGUUCAUGGGAAAAAGGUGCACAAGUAAUCAUAUCAUGGCUAAGUAAUUUAAAUAGGGAGCAGACAUUAUGAUUCCUGUAAGACAUUGCCCAGCUUAUUGUGUUGCUUUCCUCGUAAAAUGUCAACUUGGCUUGCUUCCUCAGGCAUCACAAUUUAACGGAAGCAAAGAUGCAAGAUUGAACUGUAAUAUUUGUUCGUCCUGCUAAUAAUUUUCUAUUUUUUGAGAUGUAUGUGAUGCAGUGUAGUAGAGAAGAGAGAAACCUUGUUUAGACAAAAAGGUACCCUUGGAUUAUACUUUAACUAUUAAAUUCCUCCUCCCGAACAUUCAUGACUGUUCCCCAUAGCAUUGCUAUGUGUAACUUAAACUCGUAUACUAGUAAAUUUGUGAUUAUUCAAGUUGACAAGUAUUUGUCUGACC